CCUCCUCCUCCUCUGCCUCCUGAAAUAGGGACCUACCCUCUGCACCCUCUACUUUUUGCCUUGUCGCCAGGUCGCUCUCCCAUCCCUCCGCCCCGUCCCCGGACAAUACCCUCAGACUCUCCGAAAGUCCCAGCCCUCGCCCUGCCCCUCGAAGCUCCCCACGCCGGAAGGGAGCCGUUCCACCUUUCAGGCUAGAAGACUGGCAGGGGGAGGGAGCGGGCGCCGGGGAGUCCCGGAGAGGCGGGAGGGCGUGGCAGCGGCUCUCACGUUGCAGCCCUGCCUGCAGCUAGCUGGAUGCCGGCGGGGCCAGCCCGCUCCUGCCUGCACACGGGCUGGGAAGAGCUGCCAGAGAAAACGCCGUCUGGCCGGGAGAAGCGCAAACCCUGCUCCUUCUCUCUCUCCUGAAAGGAACGGAAACGUUCCCAGCGCUGCUUAGGCGCUCUCCAAGCGCGGACUCAACUGCGGCUCUCACCGCGCUCCCUGCAUCUCGCCCUUCCCUCCUGGGUCCCUGGACUUCUCUCUGACAAAGAGCCCUCCUUCCCCGAGCCGCCUGCGGUUCUUGUUACGGGAGUGGGCGAGGCAUGCCCACCCGGGCCCAGGCGCAAUGAAGACGCGAGAAGAAGGCUGAGCGCAGAGCGGCGCGGCCAGGGUCCCUUGGCUCGGGCCCGCGCCCCGUCUCCCCGGGGUGGGGCAGGGUGGGGGUGUGCCGAGGCGUGGACUUGGGGAAGCCUUGCAGUGCCGGGAAUAAAAGGGCGCCGGCUAGCUGUGCAGCGCUGGGAAGCAGAGCUGCCUCACCGCCGGCCCCGGGAAGGGCAUGACCCCGGCAGACUCCUGGCCGUGACUCGCGCGCCCCAGCUCGGUGGAUGCUCUCGGCGCACCGCUCCCUUGUGCGGCGGCUUCCCACGGACAGGUAUCCGAGAAUCAGGCACCCCGACAAGAUGCCCAAGCGCGCGCACUGGGGGGCCCUCUCCGUGGUGCUGAUCCUGCUUUGGGGCCAUCCGCGAAUGGCGCUGGCCUGCCCGCAUCCUUGUGCCUGCUACGUCCCCAGCGAGGUCCACUGCACGUUCCGAUCCCUGGCUUCCGUGCCCGCUGGCAUUGCUAAACACGUGGAAAGAAUCAAUUUGGGGUUUAAUAGCAUACAGGCCCUGUCAGAAACUUCAUUUGCAGGACUAACCAAGUUGGAGUUACUUAUGAUUCAUGGCAAUGAGAUCCCAAGCAUCCCCGACGGAGCUUUAAGAGACCUCAGCUCUCUUCAGGUUUUCAAGUUCAGCUACAACAAGCUGAGAGUGAUCACAGGACAGACCCUCCAGGGUCUCUCUAACUUAAUGAGGCUGCACAUUGACCACAACAAGAUUGAGUUUAUCCACCCACAGGCUUUCAACGGCUUAACGUCCCUGAGGCUACUCCAUUUGGAAGGAAAUCUGCUCCACCAGCUGCACCCCAGCACCUUCUCCACGUUCACAUUUCUGGAUUAUUUCAGACUCUCCACCAUAAGGCACCUCUACUUAGCGGAGAACAUGAUUAGAACUCUUCCUGCCAGCAUGCUUCAGAACAUGCCGCUUCUGGAGAAUCUUUACUUGCAGGGAAAUCCGUGGACCUGUGAUUGUGAGAUGAGAUGGUUUUUGGAAUGGGAUGCAAAAUCCAGAGGAAUUCUGAAGUGUAAAAAGGACAAAGCUUACGAAGGCGGUCAGUUGUGUGCAAUGUGCUUCAGUCCAAAGAAGUUGUACAAACAUGAGAUUCACAAGCUGAAGGACAUGACUUGUCUGAAGCCUUCCAUAGAGUCUCCUCUGAGACAGAACAGGAGCAGCAGUAUUGAGGAGGAGCAAGAACAAGAAGAGGAUGGUGACAGCCAGCUCAUCAUGGAGAAAUUCCAACUCUCCCAGUGGAACGUCUCUUUGAACAUGACUGAUGAGCACGGGAACAUGGUGAACUUGGUCUGUGACAUCAAGAAACCAAUAGAUGUGUACAAAAUUCACUUGAACCAAACGGAUCCUCCAGAUAUUGACAUAAAUGCGACAGUUGCCUUGGACUUUGAGUGUCCGAUGACCCGGGAAAACUAUGAAAAGCUAUGGAAAUUGAUAGCAUACUAUAGUGAAGUUCCCGUGAAGCUACACAGAGAGCUCAUGCUCAGCAAAGACCCCAGAGUCAGCUACCAGUACAAGCAGGAUGCUGAUGAGGAAGCUCUUUACUACACAGGCGUGAGAGCCCAGAUUCUUGCAGAACCAGAAUGGGUCAUGCAGCCAUCCAUAGAUAUCCAGCUGAACCGACGUCAGAGUACGGCCAAGAAGGUGCUACUUUCCUACUACACCCAGUAUUCUCAAACAAUAUCCACCAAAGAUACAAGGCAGGCUCGGGGCAGAAGCUGGGUAAUGAUUGAGCCUAGUGGAGCUGUGCAAAGAGAUCAGACUGUCCUGGAAGGGGGUCCAUGUCAGUUGAGCUGCAAUGUGAAAGCUUCUGAGAGUCCGUCUAUCUUCUGGGUGCUUCCAGAUGGCUCCAUCCUGAAAGCGCCCAUGAAUGAUCCAGACAGCAAGUUCUCCAUUCUCAGCAGUGGCUGGCUAAGGAUCAAGUCCAUGGAGCCAUCUGACUCGGGCUUGUACCAGUGCAUUGCUCAAGUGAGGGAUGAAAUGGACCGCAUAGUAUAUAGGGUACUUGUGCAGUCUCCCUCCACUCAGCCAGCCGAGAAAGACACAGUGACAAUUGGCAAGAACCCAGGAGAGCCGGUGACGUUGCCUUGCAAGGCGUUAGCGAUACCCGAAGCCCACCUUAGCUGGAUUCUUCCAAACAGAAGGAUAAUUAAUGAUUUGACUAACACAUCACAUGUAUACAUGCUGCCAAAUGGAACUCUUUCCAUCCCAAAGGUCCAAGUCAGCGAUAGUGGUUACUACAGAUGUGUGGCUGUCAACCAGCAAGGGGCAGACCAUUUUACCGUGGGAAUCACAGUGACCAAGAAAGGAUCUGGCUCGCCAUCCAAAAGAGGCCAACGCCCAGGUGCAAAGGCUCUUUCCAGAGUGAGAGAAGACAUCGUGGAGGAUGAAGGGGGCUCAGGCUUGGGAGAUGAAGAGAACACUUCAAGGAGACUUCUGCAUCCAAAGGACCAAGAGGUGUUCCUCAAAACAAAGGAUGAUGCCAUCAAUGGAGAUAAGAAAGCCAAGAAAGGGAGAAGAAAGCUGAAACUCUGGAAGCAUUCGGAAAAAGAACCAGAGACCAAUGUUGCAGAAGGUCGCAGAGUGUUUGAAUCUAGAAGAAGGAUAAACAUGGCGAACAAACAGAUUAAUCCAGAACGCUGGGCUGACAUUUUAGCCAAAGUCCGUGGGAAAAAUCUCCCUAAGGGCACAGAAGUACCCCCAGUGAUUAAAACCACAAGUCUUCCAUCCUUGAGUCUAGAAAUCACACCACCUUUGCCUGCUGUUUCUCCCCCGUCAGCAUCUCCUGGGCAGACAGCGGCCAGUGCUGAAGAAUCCUCAGCAGAUGUACCUCUACUUGGUGAAGAAAAGCACGUUUUGAGUACCAUUUCCUCAGCCAGCAUGGGACUGGAACACAACCACAAUGGAGUUAUUCUUGUUGAACCUGAAGUAACAAGCACACCUCUGGAAGAAGUUGUUUAUGAGUUUUCUGAGAAGACUGAGGAGAUAACUUCCACUGAAGGUGACCUGAAGUGGACUGCAGCCCCUACACUUAUAUCUGAGCCUUAUGAACCAUCUCCUACUCUGCACACCUUAGACACAGUCUAUGAAGAGCCCACCCAUGAAGAGACGGCAACAGAGGGUUGGCCUGCAGCAGAUGUUGGAUCCUCACCAGAGCCCGCAUCCAGUGAGUAUGAGCCUCCAUUGGAUGCUGUCUCUUUGGCUGAGUCUGAGCCUGUGCGAUACUUUGACCCAGAUUUGGAGACUAAUUCACAAACACAUGAGGAUAACAUGAAAGAAUACACCUUUGCACACAUUACUCCAAUCCCCACCACCUGGGUUAAUGACUCUAGUACAUCAAAGUCAUUUGAGGAUUCUACUAUAGGCGAACGAGGUGUCCCAGGCAAAUCACAUUUACAAGGACCGACAGAGAACAUCCAGCUUGUGAAAAGUAGUUCAAGCACUCAAGACACCUUACUGAUUAAAACAGGUAUGAAAGAGAAGUCUCAGACACUACAGGGAGGAGAUAUGCUAGCGGGAGACCCCACACACUCCAGAAGUUCUGAGAGUGAGGGCCAAGAGGGCAAAUCCAUCACUUUGCCUGACUCCACACUGGGUAUAAUGAGCAGUGUGUCUCCAGUUAAGAAGCCUGCAGAAACCACAGUUGGCACCCUGCUAGACAAAGACACCACAACAGCAACAACAACUCCAAGGCAAAAAGUUGCUUCGUCAUCCACCAUGACCACUCACCCUUCUCGAAGGAGACCCAAUGGGAGAAAGAGAUUACGCCCCCACAAAUUCCGCCACCGACACAAGCAAACCCCACCCACAACUUUUGCCCCAUCAGAGACUUUUUCUACUCAACCAACUCAAGCACUUGAAAUUAAGAUUUCAAAUCAAGUGGAGAGUUCUCCGGUUCCUACAGGUUGGGUGGAUAACACAGUUAAUACCCCCAAACAGUUGGAAAUAGAGAAGAAUGCAGAACCCAUAUCCAAGGGAACGCCACGGAGAAAACACGGGAAGAGGCCAAACAAACAUCGAUAUACCCCUUCUACAGUGAGCUCAAGAGCGUCUGGAUCCAAGCCCAGCCCUUCUCCAGAAAAUAAACAUAGAAACAUUGUUACUCCCAGUUCAGAAACUAUACUUUUGCCUACAACUGUUUCUCUGAAAACUGAGGGCCCUUAUGAUUCCUUAGAUUACAUGACAACCACCAGAAAAAUAUAUUCAUCUUACCAUAAAGUCCAAGAGACACUUCCAGUCACAUAUAAACCCACAUCAGAUGGAAAAGAAAUUAAGGAUGAUGAUGCCACAAAUGUCGACAAACAUAAAAGUGACACUUUAGUCCCUGGUGAGUCAAUUACUAAUGUCAUACCAACUUCUCGCUCCUUGGUCUCCACUACGGGGGAAUUUAAGGAAGAAUCCUCUCCUGUAGGCUUUCCAGGAACUCCAACCUGGAAUCCCUCAAGGACAGCCCAGCCUGGGAGGCUACAGGCAGACAUACCUGUUACCACUUCUGGAGAAAAACUUACAGACCCUCCCCUUCUUAAAGAGCUCGAGGAUGUGGAUUUUACUUCUGAGUUUUCAUCCUCUGUGACAGUCUCCACACCAUUUCAACAGGAAGAAGUUGGUUCUUCCACAACUCUCUCAGGCAUAAAAGUGCAGGUGUCUUCAAGUCAGGCAGAAACCACCACUCUUGAUCAAGAUCAUCAUGAAACCACUGUAGCUAUUCUCCUUUCUGAAACUAGACCACAGAAUCACACCCCUACUGCCGUCCAGAUGAAGGAGCUAGCAUCCUUGUCCCCACCCACGAUUCUCAUGUCUUUGGGAGAAAGCACCACCACUAAGCCAGCACUUCUCAGUCCAAGAACAUCUCAAACGUCUAGAGAUUCCAAGGAAAAUGUUUUCUUGAAUUAUGUGGGAAAUCCAGAAACCGAAGCAGCCCCAGUGAACAAUGAAGGGACACAGCAUAUGUCAGGGCCAAAUGAAUUAUCAACACCCUCUUCCGACCAGGAUGCAUUUAACUUGUCUAUAAAGCUGGAAUUGGAGAAGCAAGUAUUUGAUAAUAGGAGUCUACCACAUGGCCCAGAUGGCCACCACCAGGAUGGAAGAGUUCAUGCUUCUCAUCAACUAGACAGAGUCCCUGCCAAACCCAUCCUACCAACGGGAACAGUGAGGCUGCCUGAAAUGUCCACACAAAGUGCUUCCAGAUACUUUGUAACUUUCCAGCCGCCUCAUCACUGGACCAACAAACCAGAAAUAACUACAUAUCCUUCUAGGUCUUUACCAGAGAACAAGCAGUUUACAACUCCAAGAUUAUCAAGUACAACAACUCCUCUCCCAUUGCACAUGUCCAAACCCAGCAUUCCUAGUAAGUUUGCCGACCGAAGAACUGACCAAUUCAGUGGCUACUCCAAAGUGUUUGGAAAUAACAACAUCCCUGAGGCAAGAAACCCAAUUGGAAAGCCCCCCAGUCCAAGAAUUCCUCAUUAUUCCAAUGGAAGAUUCCCUUUCUUUACCAACAGGACUCUUUCUUUUCCACAGCUGGGAGUCACCCUGAGACCCCAGAUACCCACUUCUCCUGCCCCAGUAAUGAGAGAGAGAAAAGUUAAUCCAGGUUCCUACAACAGGAUACAUUCCCAUAGCACCUUCCAUCUGGACUUUGGCCCUCCAGCACCUCCGUUGUUGCACACUCCACGGACCACGGGGUCACCCUCAACUAACUUACAGAAUAUCCCCCUGGUCUCAUCCACCCAGAGUUCUGUCUCCUUUAUAACAUCUUCUGUCCAAUCCUCAGGAAGCUUCCACCAGAGCAGCUCAAAGUUCUUUGCAGGAGGACCGCCUGCAUCCAAAUUCUGGUCUCUUGGGGAAAAGCCCCAGAUCCUCACCAAGUCCCCACAGACUGUGUCCAUCACUGCUGAGACAGACGCCGUGUUCCCCUGUGAGGCAACAGGAAAACCAAAGCCUUUCAUUACUUGGACAAAGGUUUCCACAGGAGCUCUUAUGACUCCGAAUACCAGGAUACAACGGUUUGAGGUUCUCAAGAACGGUACCUUAGUGAUACGGCAGGUUCAAGUGCAAGAUCGAGGCCAGUAUAUGUGCACCGCCAGCAACCUGCACGGCCUGGACCGGAUGGUGGUCUUGCUCUCGGUCACCGUGCAGCAACCUCAAAUCCUAGCCUCCCACUACCAGGACGUCACCGUCUACCUGGGAGACACCAUUGCAAUGGAAUGUCUGGCCAAAGGGACCCCAGCCCCCCAAAUUUCCUGGAUCUUCCCAGACAGGAGGGUGUGGCAAACUGUGUCCCCCGUGGAGGGCCGCAUCACCCUGCACGAAAACCGAACCCUUUCCAUCAAGGAGGCGGCCUUCUCAGACAGAGGCGUCUAUAAGUGCGUGGCCAGCAAUGCAGCCGGGGCGGACAGCCUGGCCAUCCGCCUGCACGUGGCGGCACUGCCCCCGGUUAUCCACCAGGAGAAGCUGGAGAACAUCUCGCUGCCCCCUGGGCUCAGCAUUCACAUUCACUGCACUGCCAAGGCUGCGCCCCUGCCCAGCGUGCGCUGGGUGCUUGGGGACGGUACCCAGAUCCGCCCCUCGCAGUUCCUCCACGGGAACUUGUUCGUUUUCCCCAACGGGACGCUCUACAUCCGCAACCUCGCGCCCAAGGACAGUGGGCGCUAUGAGUGCGUGGCCGCCAACCUGGUGGGCUCCGCGCGCAGGACGGUGCAGCUGAACGUGCAGCGUGCAGCAGCCAACGCGCGCAUCACGGGCACCUCCCCACGGAGGACCGACGUCAGGUACGGAGGGACCCUCAAGUUGGACUGCAGCGCCUCGGGGGACCCCUGGCCGCGCAUCCUUUGGAGGCUGCCCUCCAAGAGAAUGAUCGACACGCUCUUCAGUUUUGAUAGCAGAAUCAAGGUGUUUGCCAACGGGACCCUGGUGGUAAAAUCAGUGACGGACAAAGAUGCAGGAGAUUACCUGUGCGUAGCUCGAAAUAAGGUUGGUGACGACUACGUGGUGCUCAAGGUGAAUGUGGUGAUGAAACCAGCCAAGAUUGAGCACAAAGAGGAGAACGACCACAAAGUCUUCUAUGGGGGUGACCUGAAAGUGGACUGUGUGGCCACCGGGCUUCCCAAUCCUGAGAUCUCCUGGAGCCUCCCGGAUGGGAGUCUGGUGAACUCCUUCAUGCAGUCAGAUGACAGUGGUGGACGCACCAAGCGCUAUGUCGUCUUCAACAAUGGGACGCUCUACUUUAACGAAGUGGGGAUGAGGGAGGAAGGAGACUACACCUGCUUUGCCGAA